AUGUCUACCUCAAGACGCAUAGUCCGUGUAGGCAUCAUUGGCUGUGGCGAGGUGGCACAGACUGUUCACAUACUGACCCUCACCAAUCUCAACGCGUACUUUACCAUCACGUACCUAUGCGACACCUCUCCCGGGGCCUUGAAGCACUGCGAGACCAAGGUUGCUGGAUCUGCUCGACCAAAGCUCACGCAGAGCGCCGAGGAAGUGUGCUCCUCUCCAGACGUGGACGUGGUCUUCGUCAUCAAUGCCAACGAAUAUCAUGUCCCUCACGCUAUACUGGCCUUACAAAAUGACAAGAUCGCUUUCAUUGAAAAGCCAAUGGCGAUGAAUAAUCGGGACGUGAAGCUACUUAUCGAUGCAGAGAAGGCAUCAAAAGGCACCGUUAUGGUAGGCUAUAUGCGACGGUACGCCACCGCUUUUCUGGAUGCUGUUGAGGAGAUCGGUGGCAUAGAGAAGAUCACCUAUGCCAGAGUCCGAGACAUUAUUGGACGGAAUGCCAUGUUCAUCGACCAGUCAGGCAUCUUUCCGAAGAAGUUUUCCGAUUACUCCGAUCAGGAUAGCAAGGCUCUCGAAAAGGCCAAAGAGGACUGGCUACAUCAGGGGUUGCAAGAAGAUUUGGGCAUUCCUGUGACAGAGCAGACCUCGACUCUAUGGUUCCUGCUCGGAGGUCUAGGUUCCCAUGAUUUGAGUGUGAUGCGAGAGGCCCUAGGCAUGCCUCCAAAAGUGCUAGGCUGUUCACUCAACGCUGACACGCCCUUCUGGAACGUUCUCUUCCAAUACAAGGGCUUCGCCGUAAGCUAUGAGUCCGGAAUUGAUGACAUACCACGUUUCGACGCCCAUCUAGAAGUCUACAGCAAAGGCAAGCAAGUCACAGUUCAGUACGAUACUCCUUAUAUCAAAGGUCUGCCCAUCACGAUGACCGUACGAGAGAAUGUGGAUGGUGGUUUGCAGACUCGUGUAGUGCGGAAGACGUACGAGGACCCGUACACGCUCGAGAUGAAGGAGCUGUAUGCUCUUGUGACCGAAGGCGGCAAGAAGGUGAAGACCACUGUCGAGGACGCGGCAGAGGAUCUGAAGAUCUUUCAGAUGAUCAUGAGGGCUGGCAAAGAGCAAUUUUGA